AUGGCCAACAGCCGCUGUCUGCUGCUGCAGCUCCUCUGGACUGCGCUGCUCACUUGGCAGUUACCUUCGGUCAGCGGAUAUCUCAACAUUUUCAUCAGUCACCACGAGGUGAUGAAGCUGAUGGGACUGGAAGCGGAUUUGUUCUACGUGCACGAGGGAGCCAUUAACACAUACGCUAUGCACUUCACUGUUCCCGUCCCGGCAGAUGUCCACGAGUUGGAAUUCUCCUGGCAGAGUCUCAUCACUUAUCCGCUCCGCUAUACAAUCAGCAUCGAGUACGCCAACGACCAGGACGCACUGGGCACCCCCACGCUCAGUAUUCCACACAAGGGCGUUGUGCCGCAGGAGAUCGAGUCGUUCCUAGUCUACCUGCCGUGCACGGGCAAUGCCAGCCUCCAACUGCCGGUCAAUGUCAACAUGGUAGUGCAAGGGCCUCCCCGGUUUAACGACACCCGACUCCACUUCAAGCGCAACAAGAUCUGUGCCAAAGGCAUCUCACCUGAGCCGAAUCAGUCACCUGCCCCUGCCCACGCUCCCUCUCAGGGCCCAGCACUGAUGAGCGCCGCCGCCUGUGCUUUGGGCUUAGUCCUGGCCGUAGGCCUUGUGGCUAGCAUGAUGUAUGUGCGGGCUCGCAAGCAGCUACGCCAGGAUUCGCUACACACCAGCUUCACAACAGCAGGUUAUGGCAGCCAUCAGAACGUGUUCAUUCGCCUUGAUCCUCUCGGACGGCCCCCGAGUGCCACCGGCUCCUACGCGACCAUUGCCAGCCUCAACAAAUAUCCAACGGAGACCAAAAAGUCCUGCAGCAUAUUCGACCGCUUCCGCAGCUCACCCACGCCCACACCCUAUGCCACCGCCCUGCUGCCAAUGGGCGACCAGGCCGGCGAGACCAUUUACUCGAAGCCAGAAUCGGUAUGUCCCUCGAGGAUUUCCUACUACGCCUCCUCGCAGCUAACCCAGCCCUGCAGCAUGUCCACACCGAAGAGCAGCCGUGGCAAUGGCAGCGGCAGUCUCUUUGGUGGCAUUGCCACCGGCAGCACCAUCACAGUAGCUAGUCACGGACAUGGCGAUAAGACUAAGGAGCGUCUGCGUCGCAUACCCAGUGUUCAGCCAGGAGCCUUGAGCUACGAACAGCUGAUCAAGGAGGGCACCUUCGGGCGCAUCUAUGCUGGCAAGCUGGGCGAAACAUGCGAUGCGCUGGUAAAAACAGUCAUCGAUGGCGCCUCGCUAACGCAGGUGGCCUGCCUGCUGCAGGAUGCCUCACUGCUAAUUGGCGUCAGUCAUCAGCAUAUACUGGCGCCUUUGCUGGCCAACACCGAGCUGCCCGGCCCCCCAGAGAUUGCUUAUCCCUAUCCGUCCAAGGGCAAUCUGAAGAUCUACUUGCAAAAGUCUCGAGAGUCUAGCACAGCGCUAAGCACUCGCCAGCUGGUAGAGUUUGGCUUGCAUAUUACCAAGGCCUUGGCCUACUUGCAUUCACUAGGAAUUGUGCACAAAGACCUGGCCACUCGCAAUUGCUACGUCGAUGAGGAGGCAUAUGUAAAGAUAUGCGAUAGCGCCCUCUCGCGUGAUCUCUUCCCGGAUGACUACGAUUGCCUCGGUGACAAUGAGAAUCGGCCGCUCAAGUGGCUAUCGCUGGAAUCGCUGCAGAAGAAGAUCUAUACCACACAGGGCGAUGUUUGGUCACUGGGCGUACUAUACUGGGAGCUGGUCACCCUCGCCCAGAUGCCACAUGAAGAGGUGGACAUAUUUGAGCUUACUAAUUAUUUGGCUGCCGGCUAUCGUCUGGAGCAGCCCGUCAAUUGCCCUGAUGAAUUCUUUACGGUAAUGAACUGCUGCUGGCACUCUGAGCCCAAACAGCGGCCAACACCCUCGCAGCUGCUGUCCUAUCUGCAGGACUUUCACGUCGAUCUGGGCAUGUAUAUCUAAGGAUGACGAUGGCGAUUAACUGACUAACUGAUAAGCACUGCAGGCUAAGUAUUCAAUUGAAUGAAAGAGAUUGAGAGAGAGCGAGAGAGAGAGAGAGAGAGAUAGUCAGGUCUAUACAUUGUAUAACUGAAGACGAUUUACUUAAGAUAAAUUAAUUGAAAACUUUUACAUUUUAAAUGUGAGAAUUGAAUGUGAAUUACCUGUUACCAAUUUCUCUUUGAAUGUAUAUGUAUAUGAAUGUAUGUAUGUAUGUGUAUAUAUUAUGUAAGUAAAUGCUGAGGCAUUUAAGUGACACAACAACCAAUUAACUCAAUAACAAUUGCAGCCAAUUCCACUUCAAGGCACAAAAGACAAUGUUGACUUUGCGAUGUGUUCCCAGCAAUGCAUUCUCCAUUAAGAGAAAUGCAAUUGAAUUUAAUAAUAAGAUUUCCUGAUAAUUAAGGCGAAUACAUUUGCUGGAAUGCAGGUCCUUAAGUACAGUUGAGCAUUAAGUAGCUAGAAAUUGAAUACACACAAGUUCAGGCUUACAUGGAAUGUAUACACUUCAAGCGUGAAUAAAGGAGAAACAUGAUUGUGGACUAAUUGAGAAUGCAUAUUUUAUUGAAUGUGUAUAAGAAAAGUGCAAGUGAACAAACAAAGCUAAAUGAGAGAUAGAGGGGGAGGAAGAGAGAGAGAGAGGAAGAGCAGUGAAU